AUGGCGGCGGCCACGACAUUCUCCAUUAUACCAUCGCCCACCACAUCUCGCCUCACUCUCCGUCGCCGCUCCAUUCGCUGCCUCUCGUCCCCUGCUCCGACCCCGCCGGCGACCGUACUAUCGCAAGAUGACCUCAAGAAACUUUCAGCCGUGAAGGCCGUUGAAUACGUUAAGAGCGGUAUGGUGCUAGGCCUCGGCACGGGAUCCACUGCGGCCUUCGUCGUUUCCGAGAUCAGUGACCUUUUAUCCUCUGGGAAACUCAGCGACAUCAUCGGCGUUCCAACGUCGAAGCGCACAUUUGAGCAGGCCAAGUCGUUGGGCAUACCAUUGUCAACCCUUGCUGAGCACCCACGGUUGGAUCUCGCCAUAGAUGGGGCGGAUGAG